GAAGCGGCGCGGGGGGAAGCUGCUGCGCGGCGCCGGGUUCCGUGUCCGCGGCCGACUGCGCAGCCUGCGCGCGGGUCUGAGGUACUUACAGAGAGCUACAAUGGAAAAGCCCUGGAUGCUGUGGAACUUUGUUGAAAGAUGGCUAAUAGCCUUGGCUUCAUGGUCUUGGGCUCUCUGCCGUAUUUCUCUUUUACCUUUAAUAGUGACUUUUCAUCUGUAUGGAGGCAUUAUCUUACUUUUGUUAAUAUUCAUAUCGAUAGCAGGUAUUCUAUAUAAAUUCCAGGAUGUAUUGCUUUAUUUUCCAGAACAGCCAUCUUCUUCACGCCUUUAUGUUCCCAUGCCCACUGGUAUUCCACAUGAGAACAUUUUCAUCAGAACCAAAGAUGGAGUGCGUCUAAAUCUUAUUUUGAUAAGAUACACUGGAGACAAUUCACCCUAUUCCCCAACUAUAAUUUAUUUUCAUGGGAAUGCAGGCAACAUAGGUCACAGGUUACCAAAUGCAUUGCUUAUGUUGGUUAACCUCAAAGUUAAUCUUUUGCUUGUUGAUUAUCGAGGAUACGGAAAAAGUGAAGGAGAAGCAAGUGAAGAAGGACUCUACUUAGAUUCUGAAGCUGUGCUAGACUAUGUGAUGACUAGACCUGACCUUGACAAAACAAAAAUUUUUCUUUUUGGCCGUUCCUUGGGAGGAGCAGUGACUAUUCAUUUGGCUUCUGAAAAUUCACAUAGGAUUUCAGCCAUUAUGGUGGAGAACACAUUUUUAAGCAUACCACAUAUGGCCAGCACUUUAUUUUCAUUUUUUCCAAUGCGUUACCUUCCUUUAUGGUGCUACAAAAAUAAAUUUUUGUCCUACAGAAAAAUCUCUCAGUGCAGAAUGCCUUCUCUUUUCAUCUCUGGACUGUCUGACCAGUUAAUUCCACCAGUAAUGAUGAAGCAACUUUAUGAACUCUCUCCAUCUCGGACUAAGAGAUUAGCCAUUUUUCCUGAUGGAACUCAUAAUGAUACAUGGCAGUGCCAGGGUUACUUCACUGCCCUUGAACAAUUCAUCAAGGAGGUCAUCAAGAGUCAUUCUCCUGAAGAAAUGGCAAAAACUUCAUCCAAUGUAACAAUUAUAUAAUGUUUUUCUUUUUGAUUAUUGCACUGUAUUUUAAUUUGUGCAGAAUGAUAAAGAAUAUUCCUUUCCAGAAGUGUGUUAUGUCUGUACUUGUCUGAAGAGUGACAUUAAACUUUGAGAGGACUUCAUUGCUCCCUUAAGAUAAUCCAAAUAGCUUUUUACAUUUGAAGAACUAUAAUUCUUGGGAUUAUUUCAUACAUUUUCAUCAAACUUUUCAAUGUUGUUAUGUAUCCAUAUCUUUAAUAUGCCAGUACAAUGGCAUAUUCAAAAGUUUCUUGUUGCUGAAGUGGUGUAAUCUAUGUGACACUUAGGUUAAUGAUGAGGUGUGGAAGGAGGCAUGUAAACAAGAAACCUUUGGGUAUCAUUUCUUUAGAAAAUGUUGGGACAAUCAUGGUAAGCAAACUUAGUUCUGUAAUUGCGUUUUUCACCUUAAAAGUUGAAAUGAAAUGCAUGAUGGUAUUUUAUUCCUUGAAUUAUGCAAUGCAAUGUUUUUAAUGUAAAUAGCACUGAUCAUAUACCGAUGUAUAUGGUAACUUGGGUUAUAUCUAUUUUUAUGUGAACUCUAUUUUGUUUUUGGCAAGAGGUGAAAUUGAGGCCUGUGUGCAGGUUGCCAUUGAAUUUUGCUCUGGUGAAUGCUGAGAUCCAGCUUUUUCUUACAAAUAAAUGGGGCCCCAUUUUCCAAUAUAAACGUACCCUGUUUUUGUUAGGUACAGUCUGGAUCAUGGCAUGUAAAAAUAGAAAUUUAGAAUUUUAAUGCAGCUUUGAUGUGCAUAUUUGAACUUUUUAACAUUUGUAAUUUUGGUGGCAAAGAGAAUUUUAGCUUCUGUCAAUUUUGUACGUCCACAGCUGAACCACUAAUAGCAGUCAUAAUGAAGAUUAGAACUUGUUUAAGAAUUAAAUUAGGAAGUCUUAUCAUUACGAUUGUACAUACUGCUUUACAAAAAUUCCCACAUUUGGUUUUUAAGUCUCAGUAUCUAGGUAUAUCGACCCACUAAAGCCAGGAUAUCAUUUAUUGGACUUUCUGAAAAUAAAAGUUACAGAAACAAAAGCAAAAACUAUGUUUUUGGUUUAAUGUUUUCAGUUGCUAUGAAAUAGAAGAAUUCCUGCAUCAAAAGACAGUUUUAGGGAGUCUUAUUUAUUUAUUUUGUACAUGUUAGGAAUGUGGGAAUGAAGGCACUCGAGAGCUUUUUGUCACAGAACCUAUUUACCACAUUUAACAGUUAAAUGGCUGUAAGUGGGAAGUAGUAUUUAGACGUAUAGAAGAAUAAGGAAAAUCUUACUUAGGAAAAAAAAGAAGAGUCCCUUAAAACUUGCAGGAUUUACCUUAAAAAAAAUAUAAGCUAUGAGACAUAAUUGUGCUAAGUUGUUUUAAGCAGUCCUCAAAAAUUAGAUGUAAUUGAGCUCUGUACAUUGUUAUGUCAGCUUUAACAUAAACUAUUUUGGAUAUUUUAGCUAUAUUUAUUGGCUUUGUGCAAGCAACUAGAGCAGAGAAAUAAUGGGUCAAUAAUCUUGACCUUAAUUUAAAACUCUUUCCAUGGAGAUAGGGCUAGAAAUACUUUUGCCAAAUAACCUUCUUAUCAUUCACUUUAUGUCAGUAUUUAGAGAAGAAUAAAUUAUAGCAAGUAUGAUUUCUAAAGGAUAAUGUUUUUCUAUAAAUUAUUGUAAAAAAAAAAUCAUGAUUUUUUUAAAAAAAGAGUUGGUAAUGCAUAUCAUGGAAGGUGUAUUUUGUAUGUAUAAAUUCAGUGCCAUUAAAGGCUACUUUUCAUCCUGUCAGUCAUUGCUAUGUAGAAUGACUAUCCUAGAUAGUGAUGUAUUAAAAAGAAAAAAGUUAAUACAACAAAAUGUAAUGUGCUUACAUGAGCUUACAUGGCACACCUUAGACUUUAUCGUUCUUUGAAGUUUACAAAGUACUUUCUUAUGUUUUCAUGUAAUCAUUUAGACUACUACACUGCAGAGGAAUUGAUCAACUUUAGUUGUAAAUGUUAUGCUGAUGAAGUAUAAAAGCUUAUUCUUCAUUGGUUUUUGUUCUUAUGCUGCUUUUUUUUUUAAUACUCCAGGUUUAUAAACAAUCUUUUUUUUUAAGCCAAGACUUCAGAAGUUGUAGAGUACUUGUGCCCAUCUCCACCUUCAUUCUCUUCUUCAGGUUAAGGAGCCUCUCUUUCUGCAGCAGAGGGAGGAGGCUGGUCUAGAGUUGUCGUACGUCUUUCUUUCCUAGUUUCUGUAUUUGAGACCAUUUCUUUAGAUGGGAAGAGGGUAGAAAACAAACUCUUAUUAUCAGGGGUCCAUGAAGCCCACGGCAUCAUUUUUUCAAAACGUGUCUAACUUUUACAUUUACAUGACAUUUACAUUUAUGCCUAAUUUUGUUGCCAAAGCAAUUGGUCUUAAUAAAAUGUGAUUUCUUCAUGAGUCACUCCUUCAUUUGGACCUGUCUUUUAAUGGGAAUAGAAAUAUGUCUGCCGUGUGCAUUACUUUCUGGCUCAUUUAUGUAGGAGCAGCUAUAGAAAUUUAUGAAUGAAUUUUAAGUUAUUAAGCUACUGAAAUUUGGAAAUCCUAGAAUGGUUUUAAAUAUGGCAAGAUACAAUUCAUUUAGAUCAAAAUCCAUUAUUUUAAAAGGGAUUGUUGGGAAAAUGGCAAAAAAAAUACUAAAAAGGAUAUUGCAAAAUAUGAGGAGAAAUAAUUUUUUACAGAUAAAAGACUACUAAAUGGAUAGAAACAACUGGGAAGGGAAAUGUGACAUUCUUCUUAACUGUACAUCUAGGAAGUACUUAACUGAUGAGAUUGGUGAAAAGGAAACCUAACAGUGCAGAAGGAUACACUUGAAGGGAAGGCGUUUCUGACAAAGAAAGUGACUGGAGUACCUGGCAUUGCAGCCACCCAAAGUUUGUGCAAAUACUUGGAUGGUAAAAUUGAUAUUUUCAUUAAAAUGAUAUUCUGAAUUGUGUCACAGGGCAGCUUAAAUUUAUUUUUUCGUGAUGAACUGUAGACACUUGAUAAUUACCCGCCUUCCAUCUUUGUUAUUGUGUCACAGAUUGAUUAUAUUGUAGCACUUCUUGUUGAGAAUUCAUACCAGCUGAUGCUUUCAUAUUCGUUUUUUAUUUUAUAAGAUUUGGUUUGAGGUGGGACUAGAUUUGUUUGGUGGAAUUAAUGAAGACUGUAUUCAAUUUUAUAUAAAUUAUCUUGCAAGCUCAGUUUAAGUGUAGUUUUUGUUACUGUGUCCCUUUCCUCGAGGUUAGGAGUAAAUGAGGUAAACUUAAAAAGGAUGUCACAGAAGUCACUUUUUAAAUUAGGUCAUGAUUGAGAUAUAUUGAAAUCCUCCACUGACCUUUCCUCUCUCCGUUUUUCCUAUUAUGUUUGACAACAAUUAUACAGAAAAAAAGACUGAAAAAAAUUAGUCAUAAUGCUUUUGGAUUAUCCACUUAAAUUUACGUAUUUUCAUAUCACUCAGGUAAAGUUGGAAAUGGCAGAGCACAGACAUCUAUUUUUUAAAUCAAUAGGAUAGAAAAUGAAAAGUACUUCUGUUUGUUUAUAUUAGCAUAUAUGUACAUCAUCUUAGCUAAUGAGAAAUAUAUUCAUUUGGAUGGUGAAGUAAAUGCAUUCAUCCUAAUAGUAGUCAACACGUUUUUGCCAAAUGGCGCAAAUAUACCUCCAUUUAUAUUUUGUAUCUUAAAAAUGUAGUUUAAAAAUAGUACUAUGUAUAAGACACUUUUUUACAAAAAGUGCCGUAUAUACAUAUGUAACAGGGAUGAGUGUGUGUUGUUUAACAUAAUUUAUAACAAUUUCUGUCAGUACAGCAUAUACUGAAAAUUCAAGUUGUUUUCAACAUAUUUAAGUAUGUUCAGGAUAAAAUAAUCCAAUUUCAUAAUGUAAAUCAUAUUUUUGUUAUUUGCCAUAUUUUAUUUGAAGCAGUAAUAAAAUUUUAUAACUCGUUUGAAUGUUACAGUACAUUAUGUGCUAACCAUGGAAAGCAAACAUUUACAUUUGUUUUUUUACAAUAAAUUUCUUUUAAAAUAUACUUUCUAUUUUUCUGUACUGACAUAUGCAAUAAAUUGAUACAUUAAAAGUUUGAUUAA